CGCCACCUUGGAAACAAGAAUUCUGAUUUUCAGAGCUGCUUCAGGUAGCUCCGUUUUAGCAGGUGGAGGGUCGGGUACAUAUAAUAAGGACAACAGAAAAGCUUCCUUGAUGCAAGGCAGAGUGAGCGCUGCAGCAAGAACAAAAAGCAGCUAUGUUUGCAGAAUGUGCCUCAGAAUGUAUCGGCUGGUACACCAUGGAUGAGAAGCAGGAGCUGGAGAACUCUGAGGAGCGGAAAGGGAGACUAACAAAAGUUUUGGUACUAGCCAGUCUCGUCGCCGCGUUUGGCUCAUCCUUCCAGUAUGGAUACAACGUUGCUGCCGUCAACUCUCCGGCACCAUUCAUGCAAGACUUUUACAACAAAACCUACAUCAGUCGUUACAAUGAGCCGAUGGCAGAGAACCUCCUGACUCUGUUGUGGUCAGUGACUGUGUCCAUGUUCCCGCUCGGAGGCCUCUUUGGAUCUCUGAUGGUGGCUCCUCUGGUCAACAAGCUCGGCAGGAAGGGCACCCUCCUCUUCAACAACAUCUUCUCCAUCGUCCCGGCGAUCAUGAUGGGAGCCAGUGAGAUGGCCAAGUCGUAUGAGCUCAUCAUUUUGGCCAGGAUCAUAGUGGGAAUAUGUGCAGGUCUGUCAUCCAACGUGGUGCCAAUGUAUCUGGGCGAACUCGCACCCAAAAACUUGCGAGGAGCCCUUGGAAUCAUCCCGCAGCUCUUCAUCACUGUUGGCAUCCUCGUUGCACAAGUGUUUGGCAUCAGGAGCUUGCUCGGCAACAAAACAGGCUGGACCAUCAUGCUUGGCUUGACCGCCAUUCCCGCUGUGAUCCAGUUGAUUUUCCUGCCGUUCUUCCCGGAGAGUCCCAGGUACAUGCUCAUCCAGAAGGGAGACGAGGAGAACAGCAGGAAAGCGUUGAAGCUUCUGCGUGGCUGGGAGGAUGUGGACGAAGAGAUCGAAGAGAUGCGUCUCGAGGACCAGUCGGAGCAAGCAGAGGGUCGUCUGUCGGUGGUCUCCCUGCUGACCCAUAAGUCUCUCCGCUGGCAGCUGCUCACCAUCAUCGUUUUGAACAUGGGCCAGCAGCUGUCCGGGGUCAACGCGAUCUACUACUACGCAGAUAGUAUUUACGGAUCUGCAGGAGUGAACGAGCAGAACGUCCAGUACGUUACAGCGGGAACAGGUGCAGUGAAUGUCUUCAUGACCAUAACUGCUGUCUUCAUCGUGGAGUCCUCAGGCCGACGGCUGCUUCUUCUUCUGGGAUUCGGGAUCUGCUGCGGGGCCUGUGUGCUGCUGACUGUGGCGCUCAACUUCCAGGCGAGCUUGUCGUGGAUGCCUUACAUCAGUAUCAUUUGUGUCAUCAUCUACGUCAUGGGACAUGCCAUCGGACCCAAGCGAAUUCCAGCCGUGGUGACCACUGAGAUGUUCAUGCAGUCGGCUCGGCCAGCAGCCUUCAUGCUUGGUGGCGUCAUUCACUGGCUUUCCAACUUUAUCGUGGGCCUCAUUUUCCCCUUCAUGGAGCGAGGCCUUGGCCCCUUCAGCUUCCUCCUUUUUUCCGUCGUCUGCUUUGUGACGCUGAUCUACCUCUUGAUGGUGAUGCCCGAAACCAAGAACAAGACCUUCCUGGAGGUUUCCCAGAUGUUCGGCGAGAAGAACAACCCGGAGACCGAAACCUGGGAGGAAGAUUUGAAAGACAACAAGGUGAUACUGGAGGGAAUAGAGAAGAUUACAGCCUUAUAAAGAAAUAAAUUAUAAGCACUGAGAGAAAGUGCAAAAUUAGCUGUGUGAUGCAGCGAAAGAC